CACACCUUUGGUUUAUGAACAAGAGAGUGAUGGUUCUUACUUAAAUCUGAUGCUUGUUGACUUCUAGAUUCCUAGGCCUAGAUCAAGUUGUUUACGUUUUAUUUUUGAAAAUCUUGUAGAUCUAGAUUAGAUCUAAAAAAAAAACAACUUCAGUAUGCCUUAUGCUAACCAGCCAACUGUUUCACUUUCUCUACUUACGGACGAAAACAUUAAAUUUAUAAUUGAGGACACUGAUUUGAGCGUAGCUAAUGCUGUAAGAAGAGUUUGCAUAUCUGAAGUUCCAACCAUAGCAAUUGAUUGGGUUCAAAUUGAGGCUAACUCAACAGUACUUUUUGAUGAGUUUAUUUCCCAUAGAUUAGGUCUUAUUCCUCUUACCAGUGAAGAGGUUGUGGAAAAGUUGAAUUAUUCAAGAGACUGCACCUGUGAAGAGUUUUGCUCAGACUGUGCAGUAGAGUUUUCAUUGGAUGUCAAAUGUACAGAUGACCAGACGCGUCAUGUUACUAGUGCUGAUCUUCUCCCUAGUAACCCCAAGGUCAUCCCAGUGACUUCAAGAUCUCGCCAAGAAGCCAAUGAAUAUGAAGAAACAGAUGAUAUUCUUAUUGCCAAACUGCGGAAGGGUCAGGAGCUAAAAAUAAAAGCAUAUGCCAGAAAGGGGUUUGCUAAGGAACAUGCUAAGUGGAACCCAACUGCAGGUGUCUCAUUUGAAUAUGACCCAGACAAUGCACUCAGGCACACCACAUAUCCUAAGCCAGAAGAAUGGCCAAAAAGUGAAUUUACAGAACUAUCAGAAGAUCAGACUGAAGCACCUUUUGACCUGAACGGCAAACCAAACAAGUUUUUCUUUAACAUUGAGUCCAUUGGAACUCUGAAACCAGAGACCAUCCUGUUCUCCAGCCUAAGCAUCUUAAAGAAGAAACUCAGUGACUUACAAACGCAUCUCAGUCAUGAAAUCAGCUCUGAUGCUUUGGCUAUCCCAUAGUUACACAUCUUCACCUCAUUAAGCCAGCUUGUUUUUUAUGUUUUAUGGUCAUUAAAUGUAUAUUCAUCCAACAAAGGUGUUGUUUUUUUGUACAUAAGUGUUU